AUGUAUUUCUCUCUAUAUAUCUCUCUAUCCUCUAGAAAAUUUCUCUACCUUACACAAUCCACUCUAUUUUUAGCAAAAAAUAAGAGAGGGACCUGCAAGCACAAGCGAUCUCAGUGCAUGCGGUGCUCAUGCCUCUUGCGCAGCUCCAUUAAGCAGGUCCAGCAGCUCAUCAAACAUGAGCAGACCAUAGUCGAAAAAGAUAUCUUCACUCUCCGGGUUUCAGCUGGAUCAGGUGGAAACGGGUUAUCUCGUUACGAUGGCAGAGGAGGGAAUGGUGGUAGUGUUUAUCUCACAGCCUCUACCAGUAUGGCAUUCACUGAUAUUAAGAAGAAGCUCGGUGGAAAGAUGAAAUUGAAGGCUCAAAAUGGUACUCACAGUCAGAAAAUUAAACUAGUAGGCGACGAUGGAGAACACACGUAUCUUCAAGUUCCAGUAGGAGUUGAAGCAGUCGAUACGGAACGAAAUGUACUGCUGGCCCGCUGCUCCCGUCCUUACCAGAGAUAUCUCAUCGCUAGAGGAGGAACCGGUGGCAAUGCAAGGAAUCACUACAAAGGUGAACCAGGAGAACAGUUCGACGUUUCCCUUCAUCUAAAACUUCGUCCCAACGUUGGCCUCGUAGGAUUUCCGAAUGCAGGGAAGUCUACACUGAUGAAAGCUUUUGUUCCUCGGAAAAGCAUAAAGAUAGCACCUUAUCCUUUCACAACAACCAAGCCUCAGGUGGCUUUUUGGGUUGCCGAAAAGCAUAAGGAAGAAGAGGAAGAUUUCACUUUAUCGAUUGCCGACUUACCAGGUUUGAUAGAGGGUGCAGCACAAAAUCGUGGAAAAGGCCAUAAGUUUCUUAAACAUCUCGAAUAUGCGGAUGUACUUUUGUUGGUGGUGGAUUGUCUAGGAUUCCAACUUUCCAAUAAUCUCAACGAGCCGUUCAGGACUCCACUGGAAGUGGUAGCUCUUCUCAACCGCGAACUUGAGGACUACAGUAAGAAAUUGGUAGAGAAACCUGCGUUGCUAGUUCUGAACAAAAUCGAUAUUGCGCCUGAUAAAGAGGAACCUUCCCGCUUAGCACAAGUUCUACGCGGCUUUGAUUGGCCACUAAACUUAUCUGAUGAGCUCCGUCCUCGCUUUCCUCUACAAUUUGACUUCGUUCUCCCCAUUUCUGCAAAAUUAGGAGAAAUUGAAGAACUGAAGAGGGCCCUCGUCCGUACGUACAGAAAUGUACGUCCAAGUAUAGUACCAGAACAUCUUCGUGAAAGUGAUGAUAAGAGCUUACUAUGA